AUGGAUUGGAGCAAGGUCUUUGUUUGCGCGCCUCUUAAUUCUUCCUUCAACAAAGAUUUCACUUUGGGAGGCAACAUUCAUCACUGCCUGGCAAUGACCUGGAGGAUGGAAUAUGGAAGUGCACGCCGAAAAUAUAUGGCCUGCAGCAAAUCUUUCCUUUUGACUCUCUGGUCUCUCUCCCUUGCGUACCUAAAGACGUUUGUUGCUCUGAUUGCCGAUCCCACUGCAGCCAUCUUCUCGGCCGUCCUUCCAUGCCUUACAGAUCGGGAAUCGGAUGAUCUGACGGACCUGGUCACCGGGAAGGCUGAGACACUGGUGAUCAAGUCUGGGGGAUGA